AUGUCUCUGAUCAAGUCUGAGAGGACCGUCAUCAUGUCCAUGUGGGGCAAGAUCUCCACACAGGCGGAUGCCAUCGGCACUGAGGCCCUGGAGAGGCUCUUCACCAGCUACCCACAAACCAAGACCUACUUCCCGCACUUCGACCUGCACCCGGGUUCGGCGCAGCUGCGCCUGCACGGUUCCAAGGUGGUGGCCGCCGUGGGCGACGCGGUCAAGAGCAUCGACAACAUCGCCGGCGCCCUGUUCAAGCUGAGCGAGCUGCACGCCUACGUCGUACGCGUGGACCCCGUCAACUUCAAGCUCCUGUCCUAUUGUCUGCUGGUCACGGUGGCCUUGCACUUCCCCGCCGACUUCAAGGCCGACGCCCACGCCGCCUGGGACAAGUUCCUGUCCAUCAUAUCCAACGUCCUGACCGAGAAGUACCGCCGAGGGCAGUCACCGGACCCCGGAGGACAGGCCGCGACCUCUCUUCUACUUCCGAAUUCUCCCACAGUUCAUCCCGGUACUCCCCAAUAAAUAGAUAAGGAUGGAGUAAGCUGGGUCCUGCGUCCUCAGUAUUGGGAGACGGAGGGGAUAAAAUAUGGGAUAGAAUGGGGGAG